GAGAAAAGCUUUUUCCUUGAGACUCAUGACAAUUUUCUAUGAGUUUUGCACCUUGUUAUUGUUAUUAUAGGGAAAUUAUGUUAUUUGUUGAAAAUAAACGGUCUUAAACCCUUAUUACGAGUUUCUUCUCCUAUUUCUCAUGAAGUGAGGGAAGAGCAAGAAAAUGAGCAGAAAAAUGUCUCAAAAUCACCAAGCUCUACUUUUUAUCCAGAAAAUGGUUAAGAGUCCGCCAUUAAAAGCUCUUUCACUCUUCAACGAAACUCCCCAAGGAUUCCAACAUACACCUCAUUCCAUAUCCUUCAUUCUUCAUCAUCUUCUUUCUUCCAAUUUAAUGGUUCAAGCCCAAUCUAUCAUUCUAAGACUACUCUCUGCUCAAAUCUCAUCACAGCUCUUCACUCCUUCCUCUCUUCUCCACCAACUAUCCCAGCCCAACUCCUUUCCUAACUCUUCCCGUCGAUAUCUUUUCGAAGCAAUCAUCAAUGCCCAUGUUCAAUCUCGAUUACCAGAAGAUGCCCUUUGCUAUUUAGCUCGUAUGGUGGAGCAAGGCCUCGUUCCCGAAUCCAAAGUUUUCAACAAUGUGUUGGGUUCUCUUGUUAAGUCCAAUAACUUCGAAAGAGCUUGGUGGGUUUUUAAUGAAUUUAAGAAUAGGAUUGAAUUUGAUGAGUAUAGUUUUGGGAUCAUGAUAAAAGGUUGUUGUGAGGCUGGUGAUUUGAAUAGAGGAUUUCAGAUUUUGGGUCAGUUGGAGGAAUUGGGUUGGUCUCCAAACGUUGUUAUAUACACUACUUUGAUUGAUGGGUGCUGUAAGAAUGGCGAUAUCGAUCGGGCAAAGAGGUUGUUUUCUAAAAUGAGUGAGCUUGGUUUGGCUCCUAAUCAGUAUACUUAUACUGUUAUGAUUAAUGGAUUUUUCAAGAAAGGUCUUAAGAAAGAUGGGUUUGAGCUUUAUGUGAAGAUGAAGCUCAAUGGAGUCAUUCCCAGUACGCAUACAUACAAUUCUCUAAUCAAUGAGUAUUGCAACGAUGGUGAAAUAAGUAGUGCAUUUGCUCUGUUUGAUGAAAUGCGUCAACAAGGGGUUGCUUGUAAUGUUGUCACGUACAGCAUCUUAAUUGGUGGGUUAUGUUUGAAGAAGCGGGUUGAGGAAGCUGAGAAGUUAAUGGAUCAAAUGAAAAGAGCUGGUAUUAGUCCAAGUUUAAUUUUGUUCAAUAGGUUGAUUGAUGGGUUCUGUGAUACUGGAAAAUUGGAUAAGGCAUUGAACUUAUUUAAUCAAUUGAAGUCACUCGGCCACUCUCCAUCUCUAGUCACUUACAAUGUUCUAAUUGCUGGUUAUGGCAAAGCUAAAAACUUGACAGGAAUUGCUGGUAUAAUUAGUGAAAUGCAUGAGAGAGGCAUUUCUCCUUCUACAGUGACUUAUACAAUAUUAAUCGAUGCCUUUAUUAGGUCAGGUGAGAUGGAAAAAGCUUCUCAGAUACAUUCUAUCAUGGAGAAAGAUGGUAUAGUUGCCGAUGUUUACACCUAUGGGGUGUUAAUACAUGGGCUAUGCAUGAGAGGCAAUAUGAAAGAAGCAUCAAAACUGUUCAUAUCAAUGAGUGAGAAGCAUGUGGAGCCAAGUGAUAUUAUAUAUAACAUGAUUAUCAGUGGUUACUGUAAGGAGGAUAACUCUUACAAGGCCUUGAAGUUGCUUAAAGAAAUGAGUAAUAAGGGAAUGGUUCCAAACAGGGCUAGCUACAUUUCCACCAUCAAUGUUCUUUGCAAAGAUGGAAAAAGGCGCGAAGCUGAACUUGUACUGAAAGAGAUGAUCAUGUCAGGUUUAACACCACCAUUUAAGACUUGCCAACUUAUCUUUCAAGUUGAUGUUUCUUAAGUCAUUCUAGCCUUGUUUAGAGCUCCUUUGUCUACUCUUGGGUCCCUGGGAAGAGGCUGGAUGCAAAUGUGUAUUUCUUUGCUAAUCUUGUUCAUUUAUAAGAUUUUGAAAAGCAAGUGUAUGAAUGAGGUGCUUUACGUACGCUUCUGCCACUGAAGAUGGAAACUUUUUCAAAACCUUUCACCUGCAUAUCAAGAGGGCAGGGUUGUUAGGAGCUGCAUGAAGGACAUUGUCGUUUCUUCCUCCAUAUGAACAUUGUGGAGCAGUAUCAAGGAAAUGAAGAGCAACCCUGUAAAAGCCUCUAACCACAGCCAAGAUCAGUGGAGAUUCCUUAACGUUGUUGACGAAACAUGCCAAUUAUCAGUCUCCGUCAACUAGUAAAAUUGCCACCUUGUAGUGACCAUCUUUGACAAUCCUGAGAGCAGGCCCCUGUCUUAUGCAAGAUUUUGAAUUCCGUUCACAUUUAUUUUGUACAGAAAGCAAAUAGGUUGAAUACAGAACAUCUUCUCGGAUAGUUACUUGGCCAAGGUAUAUAUUUGAUAAUACUUUAAGGAGUUUCUCAGAGGAUGGUGCUCAAAUCCUGUCCUGUCACAGGAGCAAAAUGAUGGGUUCAAAUAAUUUGCAUGAUGAUGGUACACAAAUCUAUGCUGUCUUCCGGGGGCGCCUGGCGAUUGGGUGCCCUUGUUAUCUAAGGUUCAAAUCUUUUGCAUACUGAUUAGCUCAAAUGGUCAAACAUAUGAUUUGCUUUCUUGUUUUCUUGUCUGAGUCUGGAAUUUUUUCUGGGACUCACAUAGCAAUGAUAUAGGUUUCUGGUUCUGGUUGACUUAUAUUGUAGGAUUAGGAGGAUAGUCUAGUUCAAAAAUAUAUAAAGUAGCCAGAUAUCAAGUGUUAAUAUAGAUAAUAUAAUUUGGAAGGUAUGAAUCCGGCUGACCUUCAUAAUUUUUCAGUGACAAGUAAAAUUAUAGAAUAUAUAUAUAUAAAUAUAUUUUGUUGAGAA